CAGUUUAGCUGUUAUACACAAUAACAGAUGUCCUGACCUGUGACAGUCACUUAUAUCCUGUUCGGUCUAGCAGGAACUGGUGCUCUGACUGCAGCUGACAGUUGCCUGCUUGCAUAUCUACGGGCAGCACACCUGUCAAGCAAGUCCAGCAGCACACCCGUGAAGCAAGCCCGGUAGCACACCCGUCAAGCAGCAAGCUGAGAGCUCCUUCGCAAACGCUGAACAAAAUGCCUGUUCGGGGAGUUGCCAUCGUCCUAUUUCUUGCCUUGAUCAACACGGCCAUCAGUUGGGACAGGAAGUGGACGUAUUUCGUCUUUGCGCAACAAUGGCCACCAUCUUUUUGCAAUGAUCCAUCACAAAUGAACCACAAGUGCAAAGGCCUUCCCAAACCAGUGAAAACAUGGACGGUGCACGGCCUGUGGCCAAACCGAGGCGAUGUAAGCGUUGAAAACUGCAACGACAGUUGGCAUUUUAAAUGGGACAAGGUCAAGUCUCUCCAGAAACAACUUGAGGCAAGCUGGCCCAACCUUCUUGAGGACACACGACCCAAAGGGCUGUGGGAACAUGAAUGGACAGCCCACGGUACAUGCGCAGCAAGCCUGGAAGCCACGAACAAUGAGUUUCGCUACUUUCAAAAGGCUCUGAGUCUCAACAGUGUAACUGCAUUGAAUCCCGAAAAGGCGCUUGAGAAGGCUGGAAUCACGCCAUCAUGUACGAAAGCAUACUCCGUCAAUGCCAUACAAAAGGCUCUCAUGGAGUACUUCCGGUUGGACAGUCCCCUGAAGAUAAUAUGUGCAAGGCAGAGACACGGUCGCACUAUGUUGAAGGAGAUUCACAUGGCGUUGUCCAAAACGUUCAACGUGACAAGAAUGCCUGGCCAUUCCACAAGCUGCUGCACGCCCGCCGACGAAAUCUACAUCUUCCCAAUCAGCGACAUGCAUUGUUUUCAGUAGAGGCUGUUUGUUUAAAAACAACUGCGUUAAAAUAGAUAGACAGACAGAUAUAGUUUAUUAAAAUGUCAUGUGAACGAUUACAUGAAAUACAAUACACAAUAGAAGCAAUAAAAUAUUCAUUCACCCAGCCAAUAAGGCUUAUGAGUCACUAUGUACUAUUUAAAAACUAUGUACAUUUCGUUUUAGAAUAAGAUAUAAGAAAUAGUUAAACGGAUAAUAAAUUUUACAGGAAUAACAGUCGUCUUCUAAGCAUGUUAUUCACAGUAGAUGAUAAAAUUAGCAGGCCUGACGACAUUAAAAUACUUAAUAAGCGCA